AUGAAAGGUUUGAUUGAAGAAGAGGAAGAACAGAAGGAAAAGAGAGACAAGUGGGAAAGAUUACAUGAUGCAUUGAUUGUAAUUAGUACCAAGGAAGCAGCAUUGUUUAUGUUUGAUAUAAUAGUUCAUUCACAGCAAAAGAUUAUUGCGGUCAGUCGUAUCAGGAAACAUCUUACAUCUGAUUCAGAUAAUGAUCUAAUCAGAUAUGCAAAGAAACUUUCAGGAUGCCUUUUGCAAGCUGGAGCUCUGAAAUUUUUUAAAGACACUGAAAAAGAGUUUACCAUCACUCAUCUUUGUGUAAUUGGAUAG